AUGAAGGCGGUGGGUAACGCGGUGGGUAACGCGGCCAAGGUCUGCACAAACGCCGUCAAUAGUUGCAUAGAAGCGGGCCAGGAGGCCGCCUAUGUGGCUCACUUGGCCGGCCAGGUCGCCGGGCCGCUAUGGAAGGGUGCGCAGAUGGCAUUCAACCCUGACAACACUCCAGGGGUGCUGGGCAUGGCGAAGACCGUGGUGAACGGCGCACGAGUGAUGCAUCUCGCGUCCGAGGAUCGGUGGGACGAAUUGCACCGGAAGUUCGGUCAUGGGCCUACUUUCGAUUUGGAUGGAGGAGAAAAGGCGCGUCAACAUCCCAAGCGUGCGGCGGGACAGGACACUCUGCGGGCCCGUGCAGAAAUACUGAGCCGGCUUCUAGCUCGUCAGUUACUCGAAGAUGCUUAUUUGGACUGA